CUGCUUUUAGCUCGCUGCCGGGGAGCGCGAGGACACCGAGAGAGUGAGAAGAGCACCCUUUAGCUUCCAUUGGUCCUCCGGGAAAGAUGUCAGUGAUGAGUCCAUCCCGAGAAACCAGGAGCUAACUGGAUGUUUGGUCAGAAAGUUUCCCUUCGGACGAAGAUAAAGCCACCGAGAGGGACAGGUGUCAGCCGCCGGACUGCUAGCGGGUCAAACUCUUAUUUUCUUUUCCAAGGGAGCAGGACUCUUUUUCCGAGCCAUGUUGUGGACCAGGGGGCUCGUCCUGCUGCUCUGCUGGGGGGUUACCAGCGGCGAGCUACAGGCGGAGGAGAGGGACGGCGCCCGGGAUGAGGUCAGGUCGGACUCCCGCAGACAGCGCUCCCCUCCUCCUGUGGAGCCGCUGGACUUUGGGUUUGUUCCAGCUGCGGUUUAUGACACCCAUGCCUAUUACGAACCCGGGACCAUAGGCAUCCUUUUCCACGUGGUCCAUGCGUUCCUCUACGUUGUUCAGCCAAACUCCUUCCCCAAAGAUCUCAUUGUUAAAGUUGUUCAGCAAAACAAAGGAGGAGUCAAAGUAGAAGAAUGGAGGAAGCCAGAAAACGUUGUCCUACUGCUGCAGUGGAUCCAUUACGAGUCCGGGUUCUUGAUAUGUGCGGUGGUCGGUAUCAUGUUUGUGGUUUUCACCCCCAUCAUAGCCGCAUGUUUCUGCAUGUGUCGAUGCUGCGACAACUGCGGAGGCGAGAUGCAUCAGAGACAGAGAAAAAACGCAGACUGUUAUCGAGGUUUCUUCACCGCCUCGCUCUUCACCACCACCGUCUUCAUCAUUCUGGGCGUACUUGUUGCCUACGCUGCCAAUCAUAACAUCAGCUCUCAGAUUAAAAACACCAGACGACUUAUAAAUACCAACAUGAGGGACCUAAAGACGUUUGCUAACAACACCCCAGCGCAAGUGGAAUACCUGACAGCCCAGUACACAACUGCAAAGAACAAAGUCCUGUCAGACCUGGACAACAUCGGGCCUCUGCUGGGAGCUCGGAUCCACAGUAAUCUAGAGAAAGAAGUGGUUCCUGCUCUGGACGCCGCACUUCGAAUGGCAGGAGCAAAAGUUGAGAGUGCUAUCAAAGCUAUGCGGGAAACCAAAGAGGCUUUGGAGAAUGUCAGCUCCUCGUUGGAGACCCUUCAGGAUGGGAUGGGAAAACUUCAGGCCAGUCUUGCUGGAGAGCGAGCCUCUCUGUCCAACACCCUGUCCGACCCAGCCUGCACCAACGGAGCCGUGUCUCACACCUGCAACACCAUCCGUUCUACGCUGGCUCAACUUGGAAUCAAUGCUGACUUCUCCAAACUUCCAGAUGUUAGCCGCGCCUUGGCUAACGUUAACACCAUACUGAAAGUAGAUCUCAGCAACAUUGUUCAGAAGGGUUAUGCAUCCUUUAAUGACACACCCACUCUGGUCAAAGAUCAGACCAAAAACAUUGUUUCAGGAGUUAAAGGCAUGCUGGAUAAGAUCGGCAAUGAGAUAAUGGCCUUCACUAAGAUGUUCCCAGUGGAAGCCUCUCUAGCCAAUUUCACCAUAUUUCUUAACCAACAACACAAAACCAUUGAGUCAUUUUACCCACAGGUCGACCAAAUGGACUUCUACAGGUGGAUCGGUUGCGUGGCCAUGCUCUGUGCUGUCGUUCUGGUUCUGGCCUUUAACAUUCUUGGCCUGCUUUGUGGCACCUGUGGCUAUGACAAGCAAGCUACCCCCACAACCCGCGGCUGUCUGUCUAACACCGGAGGAAACCUGUUGAUGGCAGGGGUGGGUUUCUCAUUUAUCUUUGCCUGGGUGCUGAUGGGCCUCGUGACCACCAUGUUUGUUGUUGGUGGAAACAUAGAGAAGCUAAUGUGUGAGCCUCUGUCUAACCGACAGCUAUUCAAGAUCAUAGACACACCCUUCCUGGUUCAUCCUGAAAAGAAGAAUUUCCUUCCUGCAAUGCUGUUUCAGAAUCCAAAUAUCGACUUGACGUUGGGCGCCAUGUACAGGGAAUGCUAUGAGAACAACGGGCUAUAUCAUGCUCUGCAGCUGGAGAACAUUUUCAACAUUAACUCCUUCCUCAACAGAACUGUGUACAACAAGGAUCUGGGCAAAGUGCUAGAAGGUGUGAAGGUGGACCUGAAGAAUGUUGCACUGCUGGAGCAGGUGGGCAGAGACAACCUCAUGAACUUUGCCAACUCUGGACUCGGAGAGAUAGACUAUCCUGCUUAUUUGGCUGAGCUGAAUAAGGGGAUCACGCUUGUUGACCUGCUGUCUUUCUGUUCUGACCUGGAGGAGCAGGCCGACCAGCUGCCACGCGGUGCUCUGGAGAACGCUCUGAAAGGACACGCCAGCAGCAUCAGAACCAUUCACAGAGAGCAGGUGGUUCCUCUGGAGCAAGCUAUGAAAUAUGUCAAGGCGCGGAGCACCCUGAGCCAGAGCAUCAAACUGCUGCAGAAGACAUCCAGUGACCUGCCAGUCAAAGUCACAAACAUCUUGAGCGCUAUUGAUGCAGCAGAGUAUCUCAUCACUAAUAAUGCCUCCUAUGUAGUGAAGCAGGAGGCAAAAGGCUUCGUGCAGACUUUGGUGGGAUACUUCCAACAGUACACAAACUGGGUUAAAAACUCGCUGACUGCAGAGGUGGCCCAGUGUAAACCAAUCAGCAACAUUGUGGACAGCGCGGAGAUCGUAGCAUGCAGCUUCAUCAUCGACUCAGUGAACACCUUCUGGUUUGGGUUGGGAGGUUGCUGCAUCCUUCUGAUCCCCAGCAUCAUCAUCUCUGUCAAACUGUCCAAGUACUACAGACGGAUGGACACAGAGGAUGUCUUUGAAGACUCUUCUUAUAAUGACACACUGAAUUGGUUCCCCCGGGCCUCUGCUCCCCCAAGCGACUGGUGACCUUCUGGACCCCUCUUCCAUGUGGAGUGGACAGGAGAACUGGAACUGAUCCAGGAUCACUGAAGUUGUCUGUUUUUAGAUGUUCUAACAUCUUUAAGGAUGAAAAGGAAGAACAACAACCAGGAACUUCAGGGAGUAGGACACUUCACCUUGACACUCCUUCAGCCUGUUUGACAAGGACCUCUGAUACCAGCCAACCUCUCUCUCUCUCUCUCUCACCCACCGUCCAGUCCCUUUAGCAUUUUCAAAUGUACAAAACCAGCUGUCAGACACGAGCUCCCGCUUCAUUAGAUCAGGUUCUAGAAUAAAUAUUUGCAUGCACAUCAUCUGGUGAUAAAAGUACAUUUUUUACACUUUCCAAAUUUGUGAAAGUUUUAUAUAUUUUGUUAAUCAUUGUUUUAUAACAUUUUGUAGGUUUUUUUUGUAGAAAUAGUUUUUUUUUCUGUGAAUAUGUGUAAAUUAGAUUGGCUCAUUUUGGUGAAACUGAAGCCCAGAUUAGGUAGAUUUUCAGAGGAUCCGUUGACAUUUUGAAAAAUGAGCUUUCUUGCUGAACUUUAGAGAAGAUAUCACUGUCGAGUCUGCUCAAGGAGGCCCACAAAAUGAAAAAUAAUGAGUAAAUCAGAUUUUUUACAUCGUUACAGCUCUGUGGAGAGCCUGAAGUCUUUGUCAAAUUACUAAUGAUUUCUGCAGAAAAUGCCUUUGUAGACCAAAAGCCUAAAACAUUCACCUUGUUCUGCUAAAAAAAAGUAAAAAAAUAAACUAUAAUCAGUCUGCUUGAUUCAGAUAUAUGAAUGUCAUGUUCAAAAUCUUCUGUUUGAUCUUUUUUCUUAUUUACAUUAAACUUACGUUUUGAAAGCAGCAGGCAAUAUUUAUUGACCUGUUGUUUCGUGCAUCUCGGCGAAAUAAAAAGUUUUCCAAACGGCGCUCUCUUCUUUAAAACACUGAACAAGCUGUGUUUGGCUCUGUGAUAAAAUCUCGACAGAGUCCAAAGUUAAUCCCUGUCCUCUCAUUGUCUCUCAGAUAUUCUCAUAACUCAUAAGAUUCACUUUUAGAUGAUAUAAAAUGAUGUAAAAUGGCUAAAACACAAAAUACCUGCAGGAUUGCUCAGUAUGACUGAGGCCUGAGGGAGACACAAGGAAUGUUUUCCAGAAAGGGUGCAAAUCUGUGAAUAAAUUAUUCCAACAACA